AUGCCCUCCAUCAGCUUUCCCGUGGCUGAUGGCAUCAGCCAUGGACUCACAGGAAAGACCCUCCUCCUUUCCCUCAUCCUCUUGCCCGUCGGCUAUGCCUUCGCACGAGUGAUAUACAACCUCUUCUUCCACCCCCUCCGCCACUACCCAGGCCCCAAGCUGGCCGCCGCCACCGACCUCUUCUACGCCCACAUGAUCACCACCGGCCAACCCCACAAACGCAUCGCGGCCCUCCACGCCCAAUACGGCCCCGUCGUCCGCAUCACCCCGACCCAGCUCUCCUUCACCGACCCGAACGCCUGGAAGGACAUCUUCGGCCACCGCAAGCAGGGCCAGGCCGAGCACGUCAAAGACCCCGUCUUCCACGCCCCCUUCAAGGGCAACAUCAUCGGCGCCGACCGCGACGACCACCGCCGCUUCCGCCGGCUGCUCUCCCACGGCUUCUCCGCGCAGGCCAUGAUGAACCAGCAGCCGCUCAUCACGCAGUACGUCGACCUCCUGGUCGAGCGGCUGCGCGAGAACGCGGCGGGCGGGACGCGGAAGCUCGACAUGGUCAGCUGGUACAACUGGUGCACGUUCGACAUCAUCUCGGACCUGGCGUUCGGGGAGCCGUUCGGGUGUCUGCAGAACAGCGACUACCACCCCUGGGUGUCGGCCAUCUUCGGCGCGGUGAAGCAGAACGCGCUGAUGGGGCUGAUCGGGCGGUACGCGCUGUUCGCGCCGUUGCUGAAGUUGAUGAUUCCCGAGUCGGUGAGGAGGAAGGCGCAGGAGCAUACGGAUUUGACGCAUGCCAAGGUCGACAAGAGGCUUGCGCUGGGGAUGGAGAGGCCUGAUUUCAUACAGGCCAUGACCAUGAAGGGGGACCUGACCAUGAACAGGGAAGAAAUGUACGAAAACGCCGCCCUCCUGAUCGGUGCCGGGUCCGAGACCACGGCGACGGCCCUCUCGGCCGCGACGUUCCUCCUCACGACGAACCCGGACGUGCUGGCGAAGCUGGUCGCCGAGGUGCGGGGCUCGUUCGCGACCGAGGCCGAGAUCGACUUCGUCAGCGUCCAGAAGCUCGAGUACAUGCUCGCCGUAUUGGACGAGACGCUGCGCAUGCACCCGCCCUCGCCCGUCGCGAACCUGCGGCGCGUGUGCGACGGCGGGGACGUCAUCUGCGGCAAGUUCGUUCCUCACGGGACUAGCAUUGGCGUGUGGCAUUACGCUACGUUCCGCGACCCGAAGAACUUUGCGCUGUGCGACGAGUUCAUCCCGGAGCGUUGGCUCGGUGAUCCGCGGUUUGUCGAUGAUAAGAGGGAUGCGCUGCAGCCGUUUUCGUAUGGGCCGAGGAACUGCAUCGGCAAGAACCUGGCGUACGUUGAGAUGCGCAUCAUUCUGGCCAGGGUCCUUUGGAACUUUGACAUGACCCUCGCGGAGGACUCGAAGAAGUGGUUCGAUGAGGAAGAGGUUUACACGUUAUGGUUGAAGGGGGAUUUGAACGUCUACUUGAAGCCGAGGAAGGUGGAUGCUUAG